UUCGCUGUGUGACACAAUUACAACAACUUUGUGCUGGUGCCGGGGAAGUUUGUGUCUCCUACGAAUCCUCCCCGGAGCUCCCGAUCCCCGCGCUCUCCGGCCAUUCCCGCCGUCCCUGCCUGUGGCUGCCCCCUUCCCGCCCUCGCGAUGUGACCCUACAGCCGAGCCGUCGCCGCUACCGACCCAGUGGCUCCAUAGCCCCUGCUGCCGCUGCCUUCGCGUUUACCGCGUUGGGAUUUUUCGCCGCCGCCUUUCGCGGCUGAGGAGGAGGCAGAGAUAAAGUUGGUGUGCCGGUCCCGUGCGGAGAUUGGGAGCGUCGUUGCGGGCCCCGGCCCGGGGAGGGGGGGUGUCGGCGUUGUAGUUGUGAAUUCGCUGCGUUUCCAUGAAAUCCUGCGGAGUGUCGCUCGCUACCGCCGCCGCCGCCGCCGCUUUCGGUGAUGAGGAAAAGAAAAUGGCGGCGGGAAAAGCGAGCGGCGAGAGCGAAGAGGCGUCCCCCAGCCUGACAGCUGAGGAGAGGGAGGCGCUCGGCGGACUGGACAGCCGCCUCUUCGGGUUCGUGAGGUUUCAUGAAGAUGGCGCCAGGAUGAAGGCCCUACUGGGCAAGGCUGUUCGCUGCUACGAAUCUCUGAUCUUAAAAGCUGAAGGAAAAGUGGAGUCUGAUUUCUUUUGUCAAUUAGGUCACUUCAACCUCUUAUUGGAAGAUUAUCCAAAAGCGUUAUCUGCAUACCAGAGGUACUACAGUUUACAGUCUGACUACUGGAAGAAUGCUACAUUUUUAUAUGGUCUUGGUUUGGUCUACUUCCAUUACAAUGCAUUUCAGUGGGCAAUUAAAGCAUUUCAGGAGGUGCUUUAUGUUGAUCCCAGCUUUUGUCGAGCCAAGGAAAUUCAUUUACGACUUGGGCUUAUGUUCAAAGUGAACACAGACUAUGAGUCUAGUUUGAAGCAUUUUCAGUUAGCUUUGGUUGACUGUAAUCCCUGCACUUUGUCCAAUACUGAAAUUCAGUUUCACAUUGCCCACUUAUAUGAAACUCAGAGGAAGUAUCAUUCUGCAAAAGACGCUUAUGAGCAACUUUUGCAGACAGAAAACAUUUCUGCACAAGUAAAAGCAACUGUCUUACAACAAUUAGGUUGGAUGCAUCACACUGUGGAUCUUCUGGGAGAUAAAGCCACCAAGGAAAGUUAUGCUAUUCAGUAUCUCCAGAAGUCCUUGGAAGCAGAUCCAAAUUCUGGCCAGUCCUGGUAUUUCCUUGGAAGGUGCUACUCAAGUAUUGGGAAAGUUCAGGAUGCCUUUAUAUCUUAUAGGCAGUCAAUUGAUAAAUCAGAAGCAAGUGCAGAUACAUGGUGUUCAAUAGGUGUGCUCUAUCAACAGCAAAAUCAGCCUAUGGAUGCUUUACAGGCCUAUAUUUGUGCUGUACAAUUGGACCAUGGCCAUUCUGCAGCCUGGAUGGAUCUAGGCACUCUCUAUGAAUCCUGCAACCAGCCUCAGGAUGCUAUUAAAUGCUAUUUAAAUGCAACUAGAAGCAAACUUUGUAGUAAUACCUCUGCACUUGCAGCACGGAUUAAAUAUUUACAGGCUCAGUUGUGUAACCUUCCACAAGGUAGUCUACAGAAUAAAACUAAAUUACUUCCUAGUAUUGAGGAGGCGUGGAGCCUACCAAUCCCCGCAGAGCUUACCUCCAGGCAGGGUGCCAUGAACACAGCACAGCAGGCAUGUAAACCUCAUCAUCCAAAUACUGAACCUGUAUUAGGCCUCAGUCAAACACCAAUUUCACAGCAAUCCUUGCCACUACACAUGAUUCCUCCUAGCCAAGUAGAUGACCUGUCCAGUCCUGCCAAGAGGAAAAGAACAUCUAGUCCAACAAAGAAUACUUCUGAUAAUUGGGGUGGUGGCCAUGCUGUGCCACAUCCUCCAGUACAGCAACAAACUCAUUCAUGGUGUUUGACACCACAGAAAUUACAGCACUUGGAACAGCUCCGUGCAAAUAGAAAUAAUUUAAACCCAGCCCAGAAACUAAUGCUGGAACAGCUGGAAAGUCAGUUUGUCUUAAUGCAGCAACACCAAAUGAGACAAACAGGAAUUGCACAGGUCCGGCCUACUGGAGUUCCUAAUGGGCCAACAGUUGACUCAUCACUGCCUACAAACUCAGUCUCUGGCCAGCAGUCACAGCUUGCUCUGACCAGAAUGCCUAGCGUCUCUCAGCCUGGAGUCCGCCCUGCCUGUCCUGGGCAGGCUUUGGCCAAUGGACCGUUUUCUGCAGGCCAUGUUCCCUGUAGCACAUCAAGAACACUGGGAAGUACAGACACUAUUUUGAUAGGCAAUAAUCACGUAACAGGAAGUGGAAGUAAUGGAAACGUGCCUUACCUGCAGCGAAACGCUCCCGCUCUACCUCAUAACCGCACAAACCUGACCAGCAGCACAGAGGAGCCGUGGAAAAACCAACUAUCUAACUCCACUCAGGGGCUUCACAAAGGUCAGAGUUCACAUUUGGCAGGUCCUAAUGGUGAACGACCUCUCUCUUCCACUGGGCCUUCCCAGCAUCUCCAGGCAGCUGGCUCUGGUAUUCAGAAUCAGAAUGGACAUCCCACCCUGCCUAGCAAUUCAGUAACACAUGGGGCUGCUCUCAAUCACCUCUCCUCUCACACUGCUACCUCAGGUGGACAACAAGGCAUUACCUUAACCAAAGAGAGCAAGCCUUCAGGAAACACAUUAACGGUGCCUGAAACAAGCAGGCACACUGGAGAGACACCUAACAGCACUGCCAGUGUCGAGGGACUUCCUAAUCAUGUCCAUCAGGUGAUGGCAGAUGCUGUUUGCAGUCCUAGCCAUGGAGAUUCUAAGUCACCAGGUUUACUAAGUUCAGACAAUCCUCAGCUCUCUGCCUUGUUGAUGGGAAAAGCUAAUAACAAUGUGGGUCCUGGAACCUGUGACAAAGUCAAUAACAUCCACCCAACUGUCCAUACAAAGACUGAUAAUUCUGUUGCCUCUUCACCAUCUUCAGCCAUUUCCACAGCAACACCUUCUCCUAAAUCCACUGAGCAGACAACCACAAACAGUGUUACCAGCCUUAACAGCCCUCACAGUGGGCUGCACACAAUUAAUGGAGAAGGAAUGGAAGAAUCUCAGAGCCCCAUUAAAACCGAUCUGCUUCUAGUUAGCCACAAACCUAGUCCUCAGAUCAUACCAUCAAUGUCUGUGUCCAUAUAUCCCAGCUCAGCAGAAGUUCUGAAAGCUUGCAGGAAUCUAGGUAAAAAUGGCCUGUCUAACAGUAGCAUUUUGUUGGAUAAAUGUCCGCCUCCAAGACCACCAUCUUCUCCAUACCCUCCCUUGCCAAAGGACAAGUUGAAUCCACCUACACCUAGUAUUUAUUUGGAAAAUAAACGUGAUGCUUUCUUUCCUCCAUUACAUCAAUUUUGUACAAAUCCAAACAACCCUGUUACAGUAAUACGUGGCCUUGCUGGAGCUCUUAAAUUAGACCUGGGACUUUUCUCUACGAAAACUUUGGUGGAAGCUAACAAUGAACAUAUGGUAGAAGUGAGGACACAGUUGUUACAACCAGCUGAUGAAAACUGGGACCCUACUGGAACCAAGAAAAUAUGGCAUUGUGAAAGUAAUAGAUCUCAUACUACAAUUGCUAAAUAUGCUCAGUACCAAGCCUCCUCAUUCCAAGAAUCAUUGAGAGAAGAAAAUGAGAAAAGAAGUCACCAUAAAGACCACUCUGAUAAUGAAUCUACAUCAUCAGAUAAUUCUGGGAAAAGGCGAAAAGGACCCUUUAAAACCAUUAAGUUUGGGACCAACAUUGACCUGUCUGAUGACAAAAAGUGGAAGCUUCAGCUACAUGAGCUGACUAAACUUCCUGCUUUUGUACGUGUUGUAUCAGCAGGAAACCUUCUAAGUCAUGUUGGUCAUACUAUAUUGGGCAUGAACACAGUUCAGCUAUACAUGAAAGUUCCGGGAAGCAGAACACCAGGUCAUCAAGAAAAUAAUAACUUCUGUUCAGUUAAUAUAAAUAUUGGCCCAGGUGACUGUGAAUGGUUUGUUGUUCCUGAAGGUUACUGGGGUGUUCUGAAUGACUUCUGUGAAAAAAAUAAUUUGAAUUUCUUAAUGGGUUCUUGGUGGCCCAACCUUGAAGAUCUUUAUGAAGCAAAUGUUCCAGUGUAUAGGUUUAUUCAGCGACCUGGAGAUCUGGUCUGGAUAAAUGCAGGCACUGUUCAUUGGGUUCAAGCUAUUGGCUGGUGUAACAACAUUGCUUGGAAUGUUGGUCCACUUACAGCCUGCCAGUAUAAGUUGGCAGUGGAACGGUACGAAUGGAACAAAUUACAAAGUGUGAAGUCAAUAGUACCAAUGGUUCAUCUUUCCUGGAAUAUGGCACGAAAUAUCAAGGUUUCAGAUCCAAAGCUUUUUGAAAUGAUUAAGUAUUGUCUUCUGAGAACUCUGAAGCAGUGUCAGACAUUGAGGGAAGCUCUAAUUGCUGCAGGAAAAGAGAUCAUAUGGCAUGGGCGGACAAAAGAAGAACCAGCUCAUUAUUGUAGCAUUUGUGAGGUGGAGGUUUUUGAUCUGCUUUUUGUCACUAAUGAGAGUAAUUCUCGAAAGACCUACAUAGUACAUUGCCAAGAUUGUGCACGAAAAACAAGUGGAAAUCUGGAAAAUUUUGUGGUGCUAGAACAGUACAAAAUGGAGGACCUGAUGCAAGUCUAUGACCAAUUUACAUUAGCUCCUCCAUUACCAUCCGCCUCAUCUUGAUAUUGUUCCAUGGACAUUGAACAUGAGACCUUUUCUGCUAUUCAGGAAGUAACCCAGUUCUGCACCACUGGUCUUUGUAGCUAUCUCGUAAGGCUGCUGGCUGAAAACUGUGUCUAUGCAACCUUCCAAGUAUGGAGUGUCAACCAACUGGACAGGGGAGUCCUACGCCAGGACUCUCAAAAAGCUAAUCAGCUGAACUUCAGAAAAAAUAAAAUAAUUCCCAUGUUUUGUACAUAUCUGACAAAACUGGCAACAUCAUAUAGACUACUGACUUGAAGACAACCUCUUUUAUAUUUCUCUAUUUCUGGGCUGAUGAAUUUGUUUUCAUCUAUCUUUUCCCUUUCAGUAUUUUCCUUGAAAACAAAAAACAAACAAAAAAAACCAAAAAACAAAACAACAACAACAACAAAAAAAAACUACUAGCCUAGCUGGUCAUUUCUUUGUAAGGUAGUUAGCAAUUUUAAGUCUUACUUUGGUCCACUUUUUUUUAAUGUGAAAAGUUAAGUAAGAAACUUUUUUACUGCUUUUAUGUUUUUCUGUCUUGUUUUGAAACCAUGAUGGUUAUACUUUUGGUUCUUAAAUAAAACAUUUAAGAAAAAUUAACAGCCAAGUCACAAAGAUAAUGGAUUGCACAUAGACUAAGAAAUAAACUUCAGAUUUGUGAUUUUUGUUUCUAAUCUUGAUGUAAAUUUACACUAUUUAUAAAUACAUAUUUAUUGCUUGAAAAUAUUUGUGAAUGGAAUGCUGUUAUUUUUUCCAGAUUUACCUGCCAUUGAAAUUUUAAGGAGUUCUGUAAUUUCAAACACUACUCCUAUUACAUUUUCUAUGUGUAAAUAAAACUGCUUAGCAUUGUACAGAAACUUUUAUUAAAAUUGUUUAAUGUUUAAAGAA